AGUCACACCACAUUAUCGCGGGUAGACAGACUGCUUUUAUAUUAAAUAAUUAAGACGUAUUUAUAUAGCCAUGUUUUGAUUAUUCAAAAGUAUUAAGUGAUAUUAUGGGUGCAUUAGAUUGUGUUGCCAGUAACAAAAUUUCAUCAUCUAGUACUGAAGUGUUUACAGAUACGAUGAAUUCACAGACUUCGUUGGAUAAAGAUCAAAAAGAACAGGGAGGCCAGUUAAGCGACAGGAGAUGCGGUAUCCCCUCCAUCUGGUGGACGCUUGCUGUCGAUAUUCCACUUCUAUUAAUCGUGUGUCUAAUAGUGGGGCUGUUUGAGCUAGGCGUCAUCCCGCAUCAUAAAAACGGCUUUUUCUGCAAUGACCCAGCUCUAUCGUUCCAGUUUACGGGAGACACUGUCUCCUUUGCAGUCAUCGUUUCUUCUAUUAUUUUUCCUCCGUUUGUUUUGAUAUUCAUCACUGAGUAUGUGUUCCACAAGUCAACGUAUAGCACGCAAACAAAACUUCGUCACGUUGCGAGAAAUACAUUAUAUAUGUACAGAAGUUAUUCAUACGGAUUGUUCUUUAAUCUGGGUAUAGUGGAGGUGAUGAAAGGGUUGAGUGGCAGCCCUCGACCCACAUUUUUUGACAUCUGCGAACCGGAUACCGCAAAAACUUGUAAUGGAUCAGAGUACGUUGCAACAUUCCAAUGUACAUCAAAGAAGUAUUCAGCUUGGUAUCAAACGGAUUCUUACCACAGUUUUCCUUCAGGACACACAUCGCUCGCUAUCUAUUGUGGACUAUUUAUGGCGUGGUACUUACAAAAACGCGCAUUUGACUGGCGUCACCGCACUGUAUUCUUCGUGCCUGUACUGCAGAUGACUUGUAUUGCAUAUGCCGCCAUUUGCUCACUCACCAGGAUCACUGACCACAGGCAUCACUGGUGGGACGUGCUUACGGGAGCCGUUAUAGGUGUAGCCUCAUUGUAUUAUACGGUGAUUGUUUUGUGCAAAAACUUCAAAACUUCGAAUUUGGAAGACAAAGCCAUGACCGAAAGUCAGAAUACAGUGCAGACUGCUUUAUUUGUUUGAGAUUUUAACUCAUUUUGGAACAUUAACAGGACGAAGAAUCUGACGACCUCAACUUCGUGGUUUCAAUUAAGCGUUGCAUUUAGUUAAAUAUAAUUUAUGUAAUGUACGUGUUAUUUUUAAAUAAUAGUUUUUCGGGAUAAUAUGUACCUAAAUAGUUGCUUACUAGCUUUUGUUAGUAGAAUAAAAUCUGCGUUUUUGUUACUAGAAUGCAGAGUGGAUAUAUUUUGACAGUAAUAAUAUUAAGACAUGUAAAUUUUAUUCCUUAGUACGUUGUUUUUAGUUGAUUUGUUUGCACACACACUUAGUAUUUAAUUUUUUAGUUGUUUCCUUACUAGGGUUGCCUGGAAGAGACUGUUUCAUCCCUAAUAAUUUGCGUUAUUUGUUUUUAUUAUAAUGUAACGAAGUUUAAAUAAAUCAAAUAUAAUGUAACGAUAUUUAAAUAAUCAAACUUGUAAAUUUACUGUGACAGCACAAAUUAGUCCAUUUAUAAACAGUGAUGAAUUGGUAUUUCAGCUAUUAAUAUUAAUUAUUUCUGUAGAUGUAAGAUGACUGUAAAUAAAAAUGU